AUGAGGAUCCCUGCAGCAGUUUCGACGCUCAGGGAGGCAGCAGCCACCACGUCUCAGGCGCCGGCAGCAGCAGCGAAGGCGCACGCGGCGGCCCCAGGGGAGCUGCUGGCGGCGCUCGCGGCGCAGGGCGGGGCCGGGGCGCUGCGGCGGCCAGGGGCGGGGGAGCUGCGUGAUGCGCUGGCCGAGGCGCUGUGCGACAUGAUCUGGCGGGCGGCGGGCGGCGGGCGCGGCGGCGGCAGGGGGCGGGCAGCGGCAUGCGCCGCGGUCGUGCUGUGUGUGGACGAGGCCGGCCGCGCGAUGCAGGGCCGCGCCUGCAGCGCCGCGCGGCUGUCGCGGUCCCUUGGGGUGGUGCGCGCACGCAGCAGGUGCGGCCUUGGGCACUUGCUGCGCUCGUCGGCGCUGCCGCAGUGGAGCGAGCCCGGCGGCUGGGGCCUGGUGCUGCUGCUGGCGUCGCUGGUGAUGUCACGGGGAGUUGAGGCGGCCGCGGCCGACACCGACGAGGCAGGGGCCGUGCCGCUUGUGGGCGCGCACGGCCACUGCAACCUCGAGCUCGUUACUCUCGCGCUGACGGGGCGCGCGGUGUCGAACGCGUUUGACGGGGAGCGGCGCGUGGGCGGGUGUGAGGCCGACGGAGGGGACGGGGGAGAGGACGGGGCAGUGUUGCGCGGAGUGGCAGAGCAGUCCCGCGUGGGGCUGCUGUCGCUACACGAGUGGUACCGCUACCUGGAGGUGGGGCAGUGCUUAAAGAGCCCUGAACUGCCGAUCUGGGUGGUCUCAAGCGAGAGCCACUUCACGGUCCUGUUCACACCCCCAGAUGAAACAGUCCUCGACAGCGACUUCGGCGUGGAUGCGGCGGCAGGCACGGGGGCGCGAGGCGGGAGUGCCGGCGCGCCGGCGCCGUGGACGUGGGCGGGACAGCGGCCAGGCUGUUUGGAGCCGCCGCUGACGUUGGCGCUGUACGACGGCCUGGCCCGGCAGCAGGGCCCCAUAUACCUGGACGUGUCUCCUGCGCAAGGCGACGGCUGGACGUCGCGGCUGGCGGCGGAGAUGGGCGACCGCGGCACAUGGCAGGGCCGGCCGGUGCCGCCGCUGGAGUGCGUGGUGGAGACGAGGUGGCCGGAUGUGCGCGUCAUGUGGCGGGGCAGCGAGCCGCUGCUGUAG